AUGCUGGUCUUCCUCCUGCUGGACCCCAUCACGGGCUUGUUGCUGAUGGAGCGCAGAGCAGACGCAGAAGAUAACCAAGAGCUCAACAAAGCCAUUUUGGAGAUGUUGCAUAUCAAUAAAGUCUCUGCCAGCCAUCAGGCUAAACCUCAUCCCUACAUGAGGCAGGUCUACCAGCUUUUGGACUCGCUGGAAGCUCAAGACCUGGGGAAAUCAGAUGGGACAUUGGUGCAGAGUUUUCGGAGUGUGUCUGGGUCAGCUCAUGCUCCUCCAGGAUGGAUCUGGUUCAACGUCACCAACCUGAACCCUUCAAUGAUGGGUGCGGAGCUGGUUCUCUUCAGGAAAACCCUUCACCCCCGUCCCAUCAGUGUCACUGUGGCCCUGCACAGCCUCACCGGAUCAGAAGGAACUCUGAAGGAGAGUCCCGCCCUAGAAGAGAGACUGCUGACCCUGGACCAGCGGCCCUCAUCAGGCUACGAUGUGUUUGACGUCUCAGCUGUUCUGGCUGCAAAGCCUCUGGACGUGGUGGGCUUCCAGCUCCGCUACACAGAUGAGAGUGGAAGCCUGGUGCUCCAUGAAGCUCUAACACAGAGUCUGUACUGCCUGAACAGAGGCUCUUUAAGCGAGCCCUUACUGGUGCUUUACCAAGCACACCCUCUGAGGAUGUAG